AUGGAGGCUUUCUGUCCGUCUCCGCCACACGACCCGCCCGGACAGGAGCCACAGCAGUCGUGGGUGACGUUGGCCACGGACGACACGUAUUCUUUCGGAGCGCUGGUGCUGGGAUACUCGUUGCGGGAAGCUCGCACCCGCUACAAGCUCACGGUGCUGAUCACGCGAGAUGUGGGCGCCGUCAUGAGACACCUGCUGGCGCAAGUCUUCGACGACAUCCAGCUCGUCACGCUGCUCAGGGGACGGGAUCCACUGGGCUACCCCGGUCGGGAGGCUGACGGGGUGUCGUGCUCCUACUCCAAGCUGCAUGUGUGGCGGCUGCAGCAUCUCAUCAAGGGUGUCUUCCUGGAUGCCGACACCAUGGUGGUGGCCAACUGUGACGAGUUGUUCCAAAAGCAGGAACUGGCCGCCGUGCCCCUCAGGGGUUGGCCCAAUAUCUUCGACACGGGCGUGUUCGUGUUCGAGCCCUCCGAAAAGACUUACGGCCUCGUGAUGAGGGCGGCCCGAGAGACUGCCAGCUUCGAUGGUGUCGACCGCGGCAUCCUCAACGAAGUGUUCGGCGAGCGCUGGGCGAAAGAUUUGAAGCUGCGGCUACCAUUUAUAUACAACCUGCAGGGCUCAGCAGGACGUCCUUUCUUCGACCAGGCAUUCUUGAAGUUCGGCUCAUCCGGUGCUAAGAUCGUGCACUUCUGGGGCUCCGAGAAGCCCUGGGCUCAGGUGUACGACUGGUCCAAGUCGCAGGUGCACCCAUCCCCGGACAGCCCGCAUAGGCCAGAACACCUGCAGAUGUGGUGGGAUGUGUUCAGCCGCCACGUUCAGCCCAAGCUGGCCAGGCACCCGUGUGGGGAUCAAGGCCGCAAACCGGGGCUCGUGUGUCGCGAGGAGAUCUGCACUCCCUUCGGCAAGGAGGAGCACGGCGCGGCGUCCGACACCCCAGUGAGACCAAUGCAUUUCAUGGCUUCCGUAGUGAAUGCGUGA